AUUGAAGCCUUUAUAUAAUCUUAUUCUUAUAAUCACUCUUACCCUUGCUUCAUAAAAAAAAUUUGAAGCCUUUAUGGAAUCCAUUUUACCUUACCAAGAGAUCCAAGUUAUUCAAAGCAAAUAAGAUCCCAAUUAUUUGCAAAGAGUCACCACUCCCUUUUCCAAUCCCUUAACCCUAAUUAACAUGAAGGUAAUAUUUCUUGUAUUGUUCUUAUUAAUAAUUUCAGGUGCUCAUGCUUCAUCAACUAAAGAUUUCAAUUCAGAAGACAAAAGCCUAAUAAACAACAACGAACAAUCACAUGAGUUUAUUGGAAACAUAGAAGUAUCUACAAGGUUGAACGACAAAGUUGAGGUUGUGGAAAGUAAAAAUAAACAUAAACAUGAACUAUCCUUUACUAUAAGAAAGGGAGGAGGUGGCGGAAGAGGAGGAGGAGGAGGAGGAUUUGGAAAAGGAGGUGGUGGAGGAGGAGGAGGAAAAGUAGGAGGUGGAAAAGGAGGAGGAAGUCUAGGCGGAGGAGCGGCUACCGGAGUCAUCGGUGGUGCAAUGGCCGGUGGAAUUUGCGGCGGUGCAAUGGCCGGUGGAAUUUGCGGCGGUGCAAUGGCCAAUCAAAGGCGUAAUAAUAGCUCUUAUAGUAGUGCAACAUCAUUAUUUGCACAACCUCAUUGUUUGGUCAAAACAUUUAUAUUAUGUUUUAGCUUUUGGCUUUAAUCACCUCGUUUCAUUUCCACUAAUUAAGUAUCAUGUUAUGUUUCUUCUGUUUA